UUUCCGCCUCUCCCUCCAUGCCAAAGUCGCAAAAGCUGGCUUGUGGCGUUACAGCUGUACAACACCACACACCCCCGUCCUCCUUAUUACGGUGCUAUACGGUAUCAUCAUCUGCUGUCUUUUAGGAUAAGAAAGCAUCAUGCCUUCCAUCAAGGGAACGGCCUCUGUGGCCGAUGAACGUGCCAUGAGCAAGGCACUCCGAACGACCAAGUUUCCAUCCUCCUUUUCGAAAAAGGUCAACAUCGGCCAGGUGAAUCGGAGCGUCUUGUUGGAGUGGAUUGAAAAGCAAGUCACCAAAAUUCUGGGAUUUGAAGAUGAGAUUGUGGCCAGUACGGCCGCCAAUCUGUUCUUGCCCGAAGAUGAUGGCGAAACCAACACCAUGGCAUCCGAUAAAGUCGAUCCACGAAGAGCACAGAUCGAUUUGGCAGGGUUUUUAGGUGACGAACAUGUAGGACAAUUUGCCAAGGAGUUGUGGGAAUUAAUGUUGGAAGCCCAGAAUGCGCCCCAUGGGAUUCCUCCCAAACUAAUGGAAGAAAAGAAAAAGGAACUACAGCAGCAGAAACAGCAGCAACAACAACAACAAGCACGGAAUCCAUAUCCUCCCAACAAUCAUCGAUUCGAUGGACCCAGAGGUGGCCGGGGUCGAGGGCCACGUGGAAGGGGAUCAGAUAAUAGACCAGAUAAUAGAUGGGGAGGAAGAGGCGGCGGCAACGAUCGAUGGAGGAACAACGAUUAUCGCGACAAUCGUCCUUCUCGUUUUCAUGAUAAUGGGCCGUAUCGAGGUCCUCCACCCUUUCGGGAUGGUAGGAGGGAUCAUGGAGGACCGCCACCUAGAGAUUAUCCAAGGCCGGUCAGUCCACCGCAUCCUUCCGACGAUGGGGGCAGAGAACAACAACAAGACCAGAAAAUGGCUCCCACGGAAGAUGAAUUUGGACGGGUCAUCAUGGCACCCAGAAUGGGGAGGGAGCCUCCAAUGGACAAUAAUAAUAAUGAUCGAGAACGGUCCCAUCAGCGCCCCGAUCAUCGACGGGAGUGGGAUCGUCGGUCACCGCCACCACCUCGCGACGGCAAUGGAAUGAGAAACAAUGACAACAACCAUAGUAGCAACAAUCGGCCACGCGGAUGGGAUCGCAAGAACAGCGACGAGGAAGGUGGGCCAGGAGAACGAGGCAAUGGCGCUGGUGACAAAGGAUUGGACAAACCAACCAGGAACAACGGGAACGAAAAAGAAGCUCCGCCGACCCCGGACAACAUGAAAAAAGAGCAAGACGACAACAAGACGCACGAAAAAGACGAAGAACCUGCACGCAAGUCCAGCAGAUCGCCUUCGGUGUCGUCGCAAGACAGCUACGAGCAACGUCGAAGCCGCAAACAUCGUCGAAAAGAACGACGUAGAAAACGCGAAAGUAGUGCCAGCAGCAGUCGUCGUCGCGAUGACAAGGACGACGAGGGAUCCUACAGCAAAAAAAGACGAAAGAAGCAUCGUAAGCGAGAUCGUCGUGACCGGGAAGAUUCAGAGAAUGAGAAUGACUCGGAUCGAAAGCGUCGGAGAAGUCGAGACAGCCGUUCUCGGAGUCGUAGUCCCAGUCGCAGUCGAGAUUCGGGUGGUGGAGGGCGACGGAGCAAAAGGGAUCGCUCCAACUCGAGCUAAUAACACAGGACAGGACAGUCCGGUUGUCUGUUUCAGCAAAAGGAAACGCAGGUGUUUGUGCUGAAAAUAUUAUGUUGUCGAUGAUGCAAUUGUUUCACUAAUAAGUUUACUAUGGAAAUGAGUUUGGGACAAUUGGGUGUGGUUCCGGCAAAAGAUAGAAUACGACACGGCAAGCCUCAAUCCAGAAAGCAAGCUAACUUUGCCAGUUUGACGUACCGGAAAUUCAGAAGGAUUUCCUCGAGGUGAGGAAAUCUUUAGUCCAUACCUGGACUUGCUCGUAGGGGCUAUUCAGCACUUCAUUUUCAUCCCAGGGGCAACCGUUCUCGAUAGCAUAUCUUAGCAAGUCCAAACGUCCUCUUCGUGCAGCCUCAUGGCACAUGCGUUCAUCCCAAGGACAGCCAUUUUCAUGGGCAUAUUUUAGGAUGUCAAAAUGUCCAUUGAUUGUAGCAAAGUAGCACGUCAGUUCACUCCAUGGACAUCCAUUUUCAUGGGUAUAUUUCAGCAUUCCCAAGUGACCAUUCAUAGCAGCAUAAUUGCUCGUCCUUUCACUCCAGGGACAGCCAUUUCUGUGGGCAUAUUUUAGGAUUUUCAAAUUUGACUUUAAAGCAGCUAACUCACAUGUCAGCUCAUUCCAUGGACAUCCAUUUUCAUGGGCAUAUUCCAGGACUUUCAUGUGGCCAUUUUCAGCAGCACCACUGCAAGUUGUUGUAUCCCAGGGAAAGCCAUUUUCAUGGGCAUAUUUCAGGAUCUCCAAAUGGCCAUAGUAAGCAGCUCGCAAGCAUGUUCUUGCAUCCCAGGGACAUCCAUUUUGAUGGGCGAAUUUCAGUGCUUCUAGGUGACCAUUUCGUGCAGCAUUUUUGCAUGUCUCUUCAUUCCAAUCAAAGCCCUUUUCUCGGGCCCACUGAAGAACGUGAACACAACCUGAUUUGGCAGCUUCUGCACAGACAGCACUGCCACGUAUUUGACGACCAGUGCCAGUAUUACAGUAGGUGAACCAGUACUCAGCCCGAGGGACGCUGGAAAACAAUGCACUGAAGAAUGUGUAAGUUGUAGAUGCUGAGCAUGCCUCUUCCACAAUAUCCUCCACCAGUUCUGGAGGAUUCUUCACGGUUUUGCAGAAAGCUCUGUACAAAUCUUUCAUCUUGUGGCUGACAGGUGCCACAAAAGCAUAGUGGCCCAUGCCAAGAAAUUGGAAGAUUUUGUGGAUCCAAAUAUCCUCAUGCUUCAAACAGGAGUCUUCCGGGGCAAGCUUCACAUUGGUAUAUGCCUGUUGGACAACUGUGUUCAUCUGUUCUUGUAGGGCCAGGGCGUUCUUUAGCUGAUGUCCUGCUUCUGCUUUGCCGUUGCUGCUCUCACAUGACUGGAGUUGCUUCAAGGCACGUGAGACUGCCUGUGAAGCAUCUGCAAUGGAUUUCAGGAUAGCAGAGUCAUCAUCUGCUUGUACCUUUGCUCGCUUAGGAUGCUUUGGCAGGGCCAAGCCCGAUUUAUGGUCUCUCUUGCCGUUGUAUUCCUUCAUUUUCGGUCUGGUUGUGGAUGUGUUCUGGUCCCCAACCGAUGCCGUGCCGUACAGCGUUACGGUCAGACGGGUGCAGUCGUACACAAAACACGAUGCUGCUUCGCACUCUGACCCCACACAAUGUCAUCACCAAAUUGAAAUUGUGAGAAAUCUGCAAAAAUUGAAAUUGUGAGGAAUCACGAAAAUUGAAAUUGUGAGAAAUCGGAACAAAUUGAAAUUGUGAGAAAUCAAAAUCAAAAUCAAGAAUUGGAAUUGUGAGAAAUCAAAAUAUAAAAUUAGAAUUGUG